GGAGGAGCGGCUGAAAGACCCGGCCGGCCACCCCGGACCUCGCGAAGCCGGCCUCCUGGCCCGCCCCCAAGUCCGGGAGCCCGGCCCCGCCACAAACCCCAGGUCCCCUCCAGGCUCCAGAUCCGGGGAGGCUGGGCAGCCAGACCGUUGAGCUGCGCCUGCGCCCCGAGGCUCACGCCCCCCCCACGCAGCGCACCUUGAUUCUUCGCAGCCUGGUCCCGGUCUGCGGAGAGCGAUGCCGCUUCCCGACACCAUGUUCUGCGCGCAGCAGAUCCACAUUCCCCCGGAACUGCCGGACAUCCUGAAGCAGUUCACCAAGGCUGCGAUCCGCACCCAGCCCGCCGACGUGCUGCAGUGGUCCGCGGGGUAUUUUUCAGCUUUGUCAAGAGGAGAUCCGCUUCCUGUCAAGGACAGAAUUGAAAUGCCCGUGGCCACUCAGAAAAUGGACACAGGCCUGACUCAAGGACUCCUGAAAGUUUUGCACAAGCAGUGUAGCCACAAGCAGUAUGUGGAAUUAGCACAUCUUGAGCAGAAAUGGAAAAAUCUGUGCCUGCCCGUAGAAAACUUCAGAACUCUGCUGCAGCUGGAUCCUUGCGAAAACAAAAUCGAGUGGAUAAAAUUUUUAGCGCUCGGAUGUAGCAUGCUUGGUGGGUCACUGAACACUUCGAUGAAGCAUCUGUGUGAGAUCCUGACCACGGACCCCGAGGGCGGGCCCGCCCGCAUCCCGUUUGAGACUUUCUCCUACGUCUACCGUUACUUGUCCAAGAUGGACUCGGACGUCCCCGAGGGGGACACAGAGUCCUAUCUCGCCACUUUAAAGGACACUGUAGACUCUAGAAAGAACGGCAUGAUAGGACUUUCAGAUUUCUUCAUUCUGACAAGGAAAGUUUAGGAAACCUCGAAGAGAAAGUGCAGAAGACAGAGCCAUUAAUACAGAAGAGAACACUUCUUAAUGUCAAGUGGUGCCUUUGUAAAACGUCGGCACCAAAUACAGCUUGUCAUUAACCACA